UUCUCUUUUCAUAGGGAUCCUUGUAUUCAUUUUCCUUCUCUUUUCAUAGGGAUCCGAACAAGGGAGGAGGAAAAUAAUUUUCCCUUCCAAAUAAACAAAGCAUAUAUCUCUCUCACCCUUUCUUCCCUGCCCUUUCUUUAGAACUGCUCUUCAUUUAUCCAACCAAGCCCCAUUUCGCAAAAAUCUGGAACCUCUCUCUCUCUCUCUCCGAUAUUGGAAGCUAGACCUUGAACGGGACGCAAAUUGCAAACGAUCUCGUUUCACUGUUGGUUCAAUGCUGGCAGCUAAAACUUCACAUAAACUGUCAAGUUUAAGGUCUUUCUUGCCCCAUACAGUUGUUCCGAUAUCAUCAAGUUCGGAGGCAUUGGUUUCUGCUCCGUUGUUGAGAACCGGUGAUGAUAUACCUUGGAAGCCUACCUUUGGUGCAUUUUUAGGCAAAGUGAAUGAAAUAGAAACUGAAAAUGUAGUGCCUGAACGGGAGAGCCAUUGCCCAUUUCACCGAAUGGGUGAUAAGAAUUCAAGACAGGCAUCAGUAUGGGAAGGACAAAUAAGGAGUCUUCCCAGGGAACAUUUCUCAAAUCAAGCACUUGGAGUGGUUGGAACUUGCCCUUAUCCUUCAUUUACUACAAUUCCCCAUUUCAACUCUCAAUAUUAUGACCAUCAAAUGACAGGGGUAACAAAUAAGUUUCUGAGUUCCAUACCAAGAUAUGUGAAGAUAGUGGAAGUUGGUCCAAGGGAUGGAUUGCAAAAUGAGAAGGAGAUUGUACCUACUGCAGUAAAGGUUAAGUUGAUAGAGAUGCUAGUCUCUUCGGGGUUGCCUGUUGUUGAGGCUACUAGUUUCGUCUCUCCAAAAUGGGUACCACAGCUAGCAGAUGCAAAGGAUGUUAUUGAAGCAAUUCAGGGUCUUGAGGGAGCUAGGUUUCCUGUUCUAACUCCUAAUCUUAAAGGUUUUGAGGCAGCUGUUGCAGCUGGAGUUAAGGAAGUGGCCAUCUUUGCUGCAGCCUCAGAGUCCUUUUCAAAGUCAAACAUAAACUGUAGCAUUGAAGAUAGUCUUGCUCGAUAUCAUGAUGUUACUCUUUCUGCUAAAAACCUCUCAAUACCUGUCCGUGGGUAUAUAUCAUGUGUUGUUGGGUGCCCAGUUGAAGGAGCAGUAGCCCCAUCAAAAGUAGCAUAUGUAGCUAAAGAGCUCUUUGAAAUGGGAUGCUAUGAAAUUUCUCUCGGUGAUACGAUAGGGGUUGGUACUCCAGGUACUGUCAUUCCGAUGAUUAAAUCUGUUAUCGACGUUGUACCUGUAGAGAAGCUCGCUGUUCAUUUCCAUGACACGUAUGGGCAAGCUCUUUCUAAUAUUCUUGCAUCACUCCAAAUGGGGAUCAGCACUGUGGAUUCAUCUGUCUCUGGUCUUGGAGGUUGCCCGUAUGCAAAAGGUGCUUCUGGGAAUGUUGCCACAGAGGAUGUUGUAUACAUGCUAAACGGACUCGGAGUUGAGACCAAUGUGGAUCUCCAAAAGGUAAUUUUGGCAGGGGAUUUCAUCUGCAAACAUUUAGGCCGGUCCUCCGGUUCGAAGACUGCUGUUGCCUUUUGCAGAACCACAGCUCAUGUUUCCAAGUUAUAAUGAGCUACACAGGAGACAAAUUCAGUCACGGCUGGAUUGUUGCAUUGCUUAUUGCCUUAGAAAUAAGCUUGUUUGGUAGUUGCUUAAUUGCUUAUUGAAGAACUCCAACCACCAGAAUAAACAGACUGGUGGCCAAACAAGAAAGUUGAGAGUUGAGCUAGUAGUAUAUCAUUAUCUGGAACUAAACAAUAAAGUUUAUAGAGAGGGACAAAACAAUGUACUGCAUGCUCAGAGGUGCUUAGUGGAUGAGAACUAGUGAAGUUUUAUUUUUAUCAAUGACAAUGGAGUGUAAAAUCCUAUCUCUCAUCUUUAAAAAUCAAA